CAGUAGGUUCAGCCGGUUUGCGCCGCCCUCUGCUGAACACAAUAAACACAGCUGGCUGUUCUGCUCUCCCGUGGCGCCACCGAAGUGUUCCGCUAUUCUGAACCUUCUGAACAAACGAUUUUAUACCUCUAGGAAAUAUAUAAUUCAGGCUUGUACAGAUGGAAAAGCAGGUUGUGGAUGGUUUGAGGGAGGUCUUCCAGUCAGGCAGAUCCAGACCCCUGCAGUACAGAAAACAGCAGCUCAGAGCCCUGCACCGCCUCAUCACUGAACACCAAGCAGAUAUCGAACAAGCUCUAAAGCAAGACCUCAACAGGAAUACGUAUAACACUUCACUCUUUGAGCUUAUCAGCAUCGAGAAUGACAUCAAGUUGGCGGAAAGUGACAUGGCGGACUGGGCAGCUCCUCAGCCUGUGAAGAAGAAUCUCAACAGCGCGCUUGACGAUGUUUACAUAAAGCCUGAACCUUUGGGUGUUGUGCUGAUAAUUGGAACCUGGAACUACCCUUGGGCCAUGAUCCUGCAGCCCCUGGUUGGAGCUAUUGCAGCUGGCAAUGCAGCUGUGCUGAAACCAUCGGAGCUGAGUGAGAACUCUGCUAGACUUAUGAAAGAACUGCUUCCUCUAUAUCUGGAUAAGGAGAUGUAUCAAGUGGUGACAGGAGGGGUUUCAGAGACCCAGGAGCUGCUGAAGCAGCGUUUCGACCACAUCUUGUACACUGGGAGCAGCGUGGUGGGAAAACUGGUUAUGGAAGCAGCAGCUCAUCAUCUCACACCAGUGACUUUAGAACUGGGUGGGAAAAGCCCCUGUUAUAUUGACAAGAACUGUGACAUUGCUGUGGCAUGCCGACGAAUAACCUGGGGAAAGUUUGCAAAUUGUGGCCAGACAUGCAUUGCACCUGACUAUAUUCUGUGUGAGCCAAACCUCCAGGACAGGAUAGUUGAAGAGAUUCAAAAAACACUACUGGAGUUCUACCAAAAGGAUCCUAAAAGCUCUCCAGACUAUUGCAGAAUCAUUAACACACGUCACUUCGACAGAGUAUUGGCUCUAAUGAAUGAAUGCACUAUUGCUCUUGGAGGAGAGAGUGAUCGCUCACAAUGUUACAUAGCUCCUACAGUUCUGGCGGAUGUUUUACCCUAUUUCAAAAUCAUGCAAGAAGAAAUCUUUGGACCACUGCUGCCCAUCGUCACUGUUAAUGGCUUGAGUGAGGCCAUACAUUUUAUCAAUGCAAGAGAAAAGCCAUUGGCGCUCUAUGUCUUUUCCUCUGAUAAAACGGUGAUUAAGCGGAUGCUAGCUGAAACCACCAGUGGAGGAGUGACUGUUAAUGAUGUCUUGAUGCAUUACACUGUCAAUACCUUACCUUUUGGAGGUGUAGGAAACAGUGGAAUGGGCAGAUAUCAUGGGAGGCACACGUUCGACCAGCUGAGUCACCAUCGUGCCUGUCUCAUCAAGUCUUUUGCUAUGGAGAGUUUGAAUGACGCCCGUUACCCUCCACUAACAGCAGCCCGACUGCGCAAGGCCAAGUUUUUCAUGCAGCAUCGCUUGUGCAGCUGUAAUGGCAUGUGUGUGUGGGCCGCUAUCACAACCAUAUUGGCAAUUGGUCUUCUUGUUGCCUUAAUAGUUGUGCUGAUAAAGGAGACUCCAGUUUGAAGCAACAGAUCCCUCUGCCUGCACUGCUGCUCAAGUUUGUCACUCUUUAGAACAAUUUUAAUCUCAUAUAGAAUACUUGAAUCAUAUGUUGGUACAAAUAUUGAAUAUUUGUAUCAAUCUGAUAUAAAACUGUUUCACGUACAUUUUCUUUUCAAAUUUAAAUAAUUUUUUUUCAGUAAACUAGAAACAGUAUAUUUUAAUUUUCUAAAUACAAUUAAUAAGGCGUGUUUGUAUGGGCUUUCCUACUCAUGUAGAGAAUUUGAGCAGUUGAACUGCUAAAUUGUGCAGAAUCUUCACAUUUAGAUCUUCUAAAUGGACAAGUUACCAUCAUUUCUGUGAUGUAGCAGCACAAUGCAAGCAUUGUUCUCCAUUGUUCCCGUUGUUUUCCAGCUUAUCUUCUUUAUGUGGUGGACUUUAUGGAGAGCUUUAGCACAUGAGCUUUCAUCUACAUUUAUGUUGACAAAUGUGACCACAAAAGCAGUCUUAAGUCGCUGGGGUAUAUUUGUAGCAAUAGCCAAAAAUACAUUG